UGCUGGAAUGACCUCGGACGACAAGUUUUCCCUUUUUCAAUUCUUCAACAAAACAGUACCCAUCCAACAAUAAUUUUCCCUCAUAUACCUCUCUUUGUAAGACACUAAAAAAAAAAAAAUUAAAAAACAAAACAGCCGACAUGCGUCCUUCUGCCCGACCAUCAACACGCGUGCUUCGACCUCUCCUGAGCGGCGGUACCCCUUUUGCGCUGCGGGCUCGGCUCCCCGUCCACGGUGCUGCUGCCGCUGCGGCCAUCUCGCCGAGGCCCUUUUCCGCCCAGACGGUGCGUCGCAGUGGAGAAGACAAGAACAAGCCGGACGAAUCGAUAAAUCCCCAACUCCCCAAGGUGACGUUUGAGUCCUUGGGCGUCACGGGGCCGCUCAAAUGGGUCAUCGUCGGCCUCCUCACCGUCUUUGGCACCAUCGAGACGUGGGUUUGGUGCAAGGCCAUUUGGCGCUGGUGGAAGGGUGGUGAGGUGGAGCCGAGCGAGGACUAGGUCUAGUAAAUUGGGGAGGCUUUCUGGACUGGCCGUUAAUCAGAGUGGAUUCAGGGUCUGGACCGGUACAAGGCUGGCUGUCAUGGUCAUUUCAGGCCGCGCAUAAUUGAGUCAUGGACCCUGGGCAUUGGAUUGCAAGCUUUUGGGAUAUAGACAUCUCCUCUGAUCACUUGAGAAAAACAAAGUACUAAAAAGAAUGUUGUAUUUUAUGUCAUGUAUGGACUAGAAAUAGACCAAAAACAGAACACGGAGCAUAAGAAAUCUGUGUGGGGGAGCUGCUGCCAUUGACAGUAGAUAGGUAUACUUUAUACAAUAUAUACACCGCUUAGCCCCCAGAAAGAAGUACUGCCAUGUUUACUUGGCCGAUAAGAACAUUAAGCAGGCGGUAUCUACACUCGCAGUCCAAGACUCUGCCAUGCUUCUCUGAGAU